GCUUUCGUCGCCCACAACCUCUUCUUCUACACCCUUCGCUCCCCAGCUUGACGCUGCACUAGCACCGCAUCUUAUCGACGACCCCUCGGCGCACCCCACUUGACACGGAUACUACCCAAAGGUUGCUUUCAGCUACCCCGUCGCAUCAACAAUGUCAGGCGAGAACGAGAACGGCGCCCCCGGUGGCGAACAGGGCCCCGGAAAUACUGAACACUUGAACAUCAAGGUGACCGACAACAACAACGAGGUCUUCUUCAAGAUCAAGCGCACCACCAAGCUCGAGAAGCUGAUGGGUGCCUUCUGUGAGCGCCAAGGCAAGGCUCUCAGCUCUGUCCGGUUUCUCUUCGACGGCACCCGUGUCCAGGCUUCAGACACCCCCGAUGCACUCGAGAUGCAAGAUGGUGAUACGCUUGAGGUUCACCAGGAGCAGGUUGGAGGGUGCUAGGUUCGAGACGAGUUGGGAAGAGAUCCCAGGCUGGAUUUCUUUCCUAGGCAGUAGGGCUCGUGUACAUCAAAGGAGAGAGAGGGAAACAAGUUCACCGAUAAUUUACGACAGAGAUUCACCAUGAGUGACCUGAUG